GGAUUCGUCGUAUCUGUCAUCCUCUCCCAGUAUCCCUGACGAGAAUAUCAAUUUCAGCUUAGUAUAUGCGCUACAUACCUUUACUGCGACUGUGGAAGGUCAAACGUCCGUGGUCAAAGGCGACGCUCUCAUUCUCAUGGAAGACACAAACCUGUAUUGGUGGCUCGUUGAAGUGUUGAAAACCAGUGAGAUAGGUUAUAUACCGGCUGAAAAUAUCGAGACACCUUAUGAGCGUCUGGCACGACUCAAUAAGCAUCGCAAUGUGGAAAUCACGGCUGUUACGUCCCUGCAGGAAGAUUCGUUACAUUACUUUGCUGCAAGUCAGAAAAAGCAAGGGAAAGUCAAAAAGAAACGACACGAGUGAUGUGGAAGACGAUGAUUUCGAAGACGCUUGUGAGCAAGUGGACGUGACGGAAGAACACGAACGCCAUUCGACAGAAUGGCAAGAAAAACACUUUGAAACGAACGACAGUGCUAAAAUCAUGAUCACGGACGAUCAAAAUGGAGAUCUGGACAUUACGCAGAGCGAGGUCGAUCCCAUCAUGGCCCAUCCCGCCCAUGAGCCACUUGAAGAAAUACGAGUGUUUGCUGGCAAUAUUGGCCAAGAUCCGCUGUUUCACACAUUUCGCAUACCGGCCUCGUGUACCGCCGAGGAAUUGGUGCAACAAGCGGUUGCACGAUUCGACAUCCCGUCGUAUACGGCUGCGGGAGAAGAAGGAACCAUUGAAUAUUAUUUGGCCGUGCAAGGCACCGAUGGAGACGAUUGUAUACUUUCAUCGCAGGAUAAGCCACUGAGCAUUUUCAAGACGUUGACCGACUCAUUGACCACCCCGAUGCCUUCGACAGUUCAUAUUCACCACCUUUCACAGCAAGCAGCCGCACGCUCAGACCAAGGAACGCCCGUGAUCCGACGCGCUCGAUCGAGCAGUUUUGGUAACCACGAACCGACGUUGCAUGACGAAGAUUCGAUGAUUCGCUUCUACUUGCAUCGGCGUAUCAAACGAGCUCACGAGCGGGAGGGGUUGAUCUAUAUCAAAGUGUCUCUCUAUCCUGACGAUGGCUCCACGACGUAUGCCCCUUCAGGAAACGCGAACGCGGGAUCAGCCCAUUCGUUGGACGGAUUCACGACCAACCCCACACCGGCCACUGGAAAGAAGAAGAAAUUGGUAUCAACACACAGUGAUAUUGAUCGCAUUGAUAAGAUUAUCCCUGUACGACAAGAAUCAUGCGUUGGAAUGGUGAUCAAUACAGCAUUGGGGAAGUUUCACGUUCCUGAUGCAGAAGCAUACGGCUACGAGACAACCACUUCCAAUUCACAGUGGGCGAAAUACAGAAUGUCCGUGCGAUGCGGUGGGAAAGAGACUAAUUUGCAUCCCCAUGAUACCAUGGGCACUGUGCUUCAGCAGCAACGGUCUUGCUCUUUGCCAAAUGGACCGGUGACCAGUGAUCUGUUAUUUAUCAUCCGUCGCGUAUAUCAAAUGACUUCGCAAGACGAACAAUCGCAGCGUUCACGACAGGGCAAGAAAAAAAAACAUCAACCCCCAACGUUGAUAGGGGUAGGCAAUAACCACGGUAUUCACCCGCAUUUGUCGUAUAAAGGUCAUCGCGAUCCUUCCGAGCCAUCCGAGCAACAUUUGGGUGCGCCGUUGCCAAACGGAGAUCGGCGACCCAGCAUUAUCGACAUUUUAAUGGUCUCCCCUCAUCCGGAGGAUCAGCGUCCAAGUGUACUGUUCCAUAGCCAUCCACGGGCAGAAGACAGGAGAGUUUCAGCAACCAAUAUGUCUACAGAGCGCAAAUCAUCCCUGAUACAGCCAGGGAGUUUAUCUCCCACUCAGGGACAACAAGCUUUUUCUAGCAGGAAAACUCAAGCUUCAUCUUCAUCCUCUUUGAACGGUGGUCUUUCUCCUCCAUCUUCCAUUGCGCAUCGGUACUCUUCCAUCAAUUCUUCUCUAGACGAUCGUCUCGGCUCCGAUAUCUCCAUUGAUAGUACCAUGGACAAAACAUCCAACCUGUCGGUUUAUUCGCCUACAUCUCCCGGUCCGUUGGACGAGUCGAGAAAGAAGGAUGCGGCUUUGCCGUCUUCGACGCCUUCCUCUUUUCGACAGCAGCUCAAGAAAUUGAUGGGAUGGGGCGCUAAACCCAAAAAGCCCACAAGUUCGCCACUGUUAUCACCGUCGCCGUCUCCAUCACAUCAAAUUCAUCCGCUGCAACCGCAAGCGGGAUCGUCCUUUGUCAGCUCGACCAUCACCGUCAGUACUCGAGGCGUGGAUACACCAGGAACCGAUUACGGUAGUCUUACUUCCACAUCAUGUACUCCGUUACCAGCAGUAGCAAUCAAUUCCCCCUCUACCAACUUGAUCCCGUCUCCGUCCUCACAGCAAGUACGUCAUGGAAGUGUCGGCCAGCUUAUACUCUCGUCCGAGACUCCCGAACUUAGAAGACCCAGUGAUACACGGACCACCAUGUCCGAGUUAGGGCCUCCCACCCGGCGCCUGUCGUCUCUUUCUCGAGCAAUAUCCACUGCAUCCAUCUCCGAUUCUGACUCUGAUACAGACGAUAAUGAAUCAUUAUCAGAUGUUCCACCUGACGCUGCCACCAAUAUUCAGAUAGAUGAAGAUGACGACGAUGAUUCAUUAUCGGACUCUAGCAGUAUGAGAUCAGCUCAUGAGACGAACCCAGUCUCUACUGCUGCAAGUCACCGAAGCAUCCCUCCGUCCACAGCCACUCCCGCAGCGGCACCCGUACAAGCCCCCGCCGUUCCAAUCUCUGGUACAAGUACUGCCAUCAUGCCUUCAGAGCCGGUUUUGUCAGAUAUUCAAGCGCAAUAUGCCAUGUGGAUCGACAGUCAGCAAGGGGUCGAAGAGCCUACCGUUCAUCAUGAUUCCAGCCAGUUCACUGGUCACACAACAUCACCGGCUGCAUUAUCUGUUCCCAAAUUGGAAACUGCUCCAAGUGCUGAGCAUUCACCUAAUGCCGCUCUUGCCAAUGUAUCAAAGACGACCAUCAGCUCCUCUCCUUCUUCUCAUUCCACUGCAUCCAGCUGCGCAUCUGCAGCCACAUCUGCAUCCUCUCCAGCACCUUCUUGUCAUAGUCACCAAACUAGCAAGUCCGUUAAAACGCAAACGCCCUCGGUCACAUCUGUAGCCGUGGUUGCACCUGUAGAUAUAUCCUCCGUUCCGCAUCCACGACAAGAAGCGCCUCAUCCUAUGGCGAGUAAUAACGAAAGCGAAGCUACCGAAUUGGACGAUCUGUUUUUGCUGGUCACUCACGGUGUCGAUUUCCUGCAGCAACGCGAAAAAUCCAAAUGGGAAGAUGACGGUGGCUACCAAUUCCAUCCCUGGAAUCGAACCGAUGGAUCCUUUGCCGUCAAACGUCAACCAAAGAAGGUCCAAGCAAAGCAUACUGCCCCACAACCACCAAGCGAACAAAAUGGUACAGCAUAUACCCCAAUCACUGCCUCAGAAAGUAAUGAAAGCUCAGAAUCAUUGGACAUCACGCAUCUAACACCAUCCACCGAAGGAUCAACGGAGGAACUGCUGUCACCUCCACCGACCCCAUCUCCCCAGCAAGAAAAUACCCAGGAUUCCAAAAAGAAGCCUGGCGUUCACCCAUUGUUGCUCGCCGGUGCAACCAAGCGACAGCCGUACGUACCACAAACGCCUAUUGCUCAACACAAUGAAACAUUGGUGGACGAGGAACUCGAAUUGCAACGUAUCGUAGCCUCUCAUAUUCUGUUUUAAAGCUAUGGGAAUGGCAAUUAGCAAUUACAUCUGUCAAUAUAAAAAAAGUAGGAUAUCAUUUUUACAAAAAACUAUUUUGCAUGCUAAAAGAGGAAAAAAAAGUGCAAGAGAUUGCUGGAAAUAAUAAAUAAAAAAAUAGCGUUAAAUAAACACUGUGAAGUAUGAAAGGAAAGGGAUGUUUGUGGAUGGGUAUUAGUUGGCUUCACGCCUGAUAUGCACCGUGACGGCUCCGUUGGUCUUGGUCUUCCUCAUCAAGAUCGAUUUCAUCCAUUAACGCCCGUUGAUACUCAGCUUCACGUUUUCCGCCCCAUCGUCGUUGAUGUUCCCGCCUGGAUGUAAAGAGAUAAUCUGCCAAAAAUGCACAAGCGACACCACAAGCUCCACCCAACAAAUUGGCAAUGAUAUCAUUCACAUCAAAAGUACGAUACUGC